CAUUGUUUGCAGUUUAAACCAGGUUUUCAUAAGAAAGAGCAAAUGUUUCAGAUAUGUUUCAAUAUACUCAUGACUCACAAGGAAUAACUUUGUGUGAGCCUGCUGAUGUAUGAGAGUUGAUAAAGAGACUUGAAGAAGUUCACGCCAUAGAAAGCAUAAAUUCAACGUAUAAAGUGAAUAAGGUUUGGACUGGUGGACUUGCACUGAGAGUGUGGAUGUACAAAACAUUUGUCACAUCAUUCUCAUCGUUCCUUGGUUGUGAUAUACAUCAUGCGAAGGGAAACAAAUAUAAAUGGCACUCUGCUGGAACUUUCGAUUGUCAGUCAAGGACUGGAGGUCUAAUUAGAACAAUGAGGUGUGAUUCUGAGCCAACAGUGGUAUCCACAUUGCUCUUAGGACAUCCCCAGCCACCUCCAGAGGGUCGUCUUCCUGAUGCUACAAAGGGUUUUGAUCACUUGAGUGAUGUAUUUGCUAAGGAGAUGGGCUUGUCUGACAAGGACAUUGUUGCUUUUUCUGAUGCCCACAUUCCUAUUUCUCCAUUUCAGAGCUAACAACACUUGUGAAAAAGACAUUGUUCAGUAUUUGGUGUAACUUGCAGGAAUUACUUUGUGUGAGCCUGCUGAUGUAUCAUUAAGGAGUUGACAAAGGUAAGCUUUUGUAACGAAUUGGUAAAGUGUUUUCUUAGUUCAAAACUAUUUGAGAUAAAGAUGCAACCAAAACAUAUAUUUUCACUUUCUUUUUGAUUCUGUUUAGGCAUACCGAUCAAGAGUGGGUGACAAGAGGGAUGCUGUUUCUGAAAUCUUCCUAUCUUGCUUUCAAUUAGUUUCUGGAAGUGCUUUAGGUCCAAAGUCCUGGCGUUGAGAACUAGAUGAUGGAGAGAAAGAGAAGCAUGGAUUUCUAUCUGUUCACGCCAUAGAAAGCAUAAAAUCAACGUAUAAAGUGAAUAAUGUUUGGACUGGUGAUCCUUUCUCUCCAAGACUAUUCCCUUGGGAAGGUACUUCUAAUUACCAAAUCAAGUCCCUGUAAGUCAUUCAUUUCAACCAGACAAUAACUUAUUUUUGUAAUCUCCCUCUCUGAUAAUUCUUCUGAUCAGCUUGUUUUUGUUUUUCUUGAUGCGAGAAUGAAUCUUAGUUCAAGUG